AUGCCACGAUCGUGUACCGUUGGAGCGUUCAUCACCUGUCCGAACGGCUAUAGCUGCCAGAGCACACAGACCGAGUUCACUACUGGUUACUGCUGCAAAGGAGAAGUAGCUUCGGCUUCAGACGGCUGCCCACCAAACGAGUUUGUCUACAUGAAGGACGGUCAAAUCGCUGCUUGCGAUCCAUUCAACCCACCAAACGCGCCCUGCCCGAAUGGCUACUCCUGCCAGUGGUCGUUGGCUAAUCAACGCUAUCAAUGUUGUGGCUCAACGCCAAUCACCACUCCAAAAUCCAUCGCCGCACUCGGCUGCCCGAACAACCAAGUGGCCUAUCGGGAUGCGGCCACGAAUCAGCCACGAAUCUGCACGGCCGCUUCACAGAACUGUCCUACGGGCUAUUUCUGCCAGUUCUCAAAUGCCAACAAUCAGUUCCAGUGUUGUGGAAUGUCCGGUGGAUGUCCGAACGAUUCAGUGGCUUUCAUUGGAAUCACCGGUGAAGCGCAGAGCUGUGCGAUUGGACAGAGCAGCUGCCCCAAGGGAUACUCGUGCCAGCGCAGUCUUACUGGAGCGCAGUUGUGCUGCACAACAAACGAACAAGUCUGCUCGGAGAAACAAGUCGCUGUUGAUGGUCAAUGUCUGAACCGUGUCUCCAUUGGUGAAUCCUGCACCAACCAGGUGCAAUGCCCAACCAGCGCUAUCUGCCGAGCUGGCGUUUGUGCAUGUCCAGACAAUCAGAACUACGUGAAUGGUAUCUGUCAAGCCGCCUGCGGUGACAACGAGGUGGACGUGAAAGGCACGUGUCUUCCCAAGGUCGAAAUUGACGAGGCGUGCGAGGCCGACGAGCAGUGCCAAGGCGGUUCUACAUGUGACGGUGGCGUUUGUGCCUGCCCCGCAGGAGAGGAGAAAGUCGACGGUGUUUGUGUGAAGAAGAUGAAAUCACGGAAAAUCACCACCUGCCCUAUAGCCGGCCAGACGCCGUACAUCGACAGAAAGACCACAAAUGCCCGCUAUUGCGACCCGUCCUCAAGGAACUCUUGUCCUCGCGGCUACAGCUGUCAGUUCUCUGAAACUGCCCAGCAGAACAUCUGCUGCGGUGGCGGCGGCUCGGAAACUCCGACGCGAUUCUCAAAAAUCACAGAGCCGGGCGCACCUGGUCCAGACCCGGAAAUUGAGAGUGAAACAGACGCUCCCGUUCCAGCGACCACAUCAGCUCCAGAAGUCUGCGAAAAAGGCUCUGCCUAUCUUAUCAAUGGCAAACCAAAACUCUGCACGAAUAGUCCAUGUCCAUCCGGCUACAAAUGCACGUUUUCCAGAGUCAGCAAGAACUACUACUGCUGCUCUGCAUUCGCGGCCAAUCACGGCUGUCCCACUGGCGUUGCACUGCUAUUCCCUUCAACUGGUACACCUGUGCAGUGCAGUAAUGCCGGCACGACGUCCUGUCCUGCUGGAUAUCGAUGCGUUCGCAGUACGACCACUAAACGGUUCCAAUGUUGUUCGACCAGUGACAACGCCGUCAGAAGGCCUGAUCCAAGAAAUCGUGUCAUCAACAACAAUAAUAACAACAACAACGCCAAUAACAAGAGCGCGGCCACAGGACCAUGUCCUGCUGGUCAAGUCCAAGUGCUUCGAAUCGUUGGCGAACGUAUCGUGAAGAGAUGUGAAACCUCCUGUCCACCACACCAGGUUGCCGUACGUGGUAUCUGCCGUGACAAGUACCAUUCCGACGAUCCAGUGAGCAUGAAUACCUUGCCAUAA